AUGACCGCAGAAAACCAUUCACGCAUCAAAAAGCGCAACCGAGACCGAGACCGGAAGCGCCUCCAAACAAUCUUUAAAAAGUCCGACAUACUGCGCGAGGAAGGAAUUCAGAUAUAUAUUGUCAUCAAACAAAAUAGCCAUUACCAUAUAUAUACAUCAGAGAAAACCGAAUCAUGGCCACCAUCUCCAAAAAGUCUGUUUAGGGGGAUGCUUUUCAUGCUUGCCGGUUUUGGCGGGGGAUUCGGCCAUGGCGCUAUAAUCACUGCUUCUUGCAAACUUCCACCCUCACAGGGUCAAGCUGAGGCCAGAAAUGUGCAGAGAGCUGAAUAUUAUUUUGUUGAAGCCAUUGUUACUCCCAAAAAUUUUGCCGAGAUUUUGGAAAAUCUUUAA